UCGACCGUUGGAAAACAAACGUUACAGAGAGUUCGUGUUUGUUCAACGUCAACAACACCUAGGAGCCAAACCCUGCAACCAAAAGCAAAAGGGUUUGGGACCGUGUCUUCCUAUUAGAGAGAGAGUGAGAGAGUGAUAGAGUGAGAGAGAGAUUGAGAUCCAAUCUUUGGUUGGGUGGGCACUAGGUACAAGUUGGAGAGAUUGUUUGUCUGAGUGAAAUUCUUGAGACCCACCUUGUGUGUGUGUUUGAUUUCAUUCCUCGGAUAUUCCGAAGAUGGUUGCAAGAACCCCACCAAAACAGAAGAAGCUUUUGGCUGCUCUCAAUCCUGUUCUGAUUAAAGAAACCUUAAACAAGGUGGAUCAAUGCGUCGCUCGGCUGCAGGAACUUCAGUACACUGUGACCGGUGGAACGAAGGUGGUGUCGGGGGUGACUCUCAGCCCUCGCAGCACAAGAGGUUAUCUCAGAACAAGUCUCAGAUGCAAGCAAGAGUCACUCAGGAUCAAGAAUGGUGCAUCGAGGAAAUCUCCAGUGGGAAAGUUUCCAGCAAACACAGGUGAAUGGAAAAGAAUGUCACUGCCAGCAAUGCUUGUAGGCGAAACUGUCGGAGAAAUUUUGCAGGCAAGUCAGUUUGCCAGGGAAAUAGUCUCAGCAGUGGGUAAGAAAACUGUCCCAGAUGACCCAAAAACUCCAAUGUCUGAACGAAGCAACAAGAAAGUAGAACUUGAAAACACACAGCUCAGGAUCAGAAGGAAGAAAGAGAAGCAAACAAGAGCUCAGAAUGAUGGUACCCCGCCACUUCAAAGGGCUCGCUCCAGAAUUAACUUUAAGGUUUCUCCUCCAAAGGUCAGAGAAUUUGAUAAAGAAAGCAACAGGUAUAUGGCAAAUAGGGUGUCUCCCAGGAAUAGGCCAUGGGCAAGAAAAACAGUUCUUUUCCCCAACCCUCUGUUCCUUUCCACUCACUCCUCUUCACAGUCACAACAGCAACAGUUUUGCAAGACAAGGUCACCCAUCAUUUCAAGAAAUAGAGCAACUACAUCACACAAAUUUCUUAUCAAGUCUCCACCUUCACCACCACAAAAACAGCAACAAUCUUGCAAAACCAAGUCCCCUGGCGUAUCAAGAAACAGGGGUGGAACGCCUCACAAGUUUUUGAUCAAGUCUCCAUCGUCAGCUUCCAAAGGCCCACCAACUCUGUCUAUUUCACCCACAAGACCUGUAAGAUUGAGCAGAUUGAGUCCUCCCAAGAGACCAUCAUCAUCAUCCACUGCAUCUAAAUUCCGUCGAUCUUUCUCUCCUUCAAGAAUUGCUUCCAGAUUGGUUUCACUUUCACCGUUGAGGAGCAGGAAAACUGUACAGAAAAAUGAUGGGAUUGUAAGUGGACUCAAACAGCGCCCAGCCUCGUCGAUGCAAUUCCCUGUUAGAGGAAUUUAAGAACUCGCUGUUUUCUGGCUACUUUCUUGUACUUGUUUAUCACCAUGUCAAUUCUUUAUGUCCAUAAUUGUUUGUGCUCUUAUGGUUUUUCCUCUUUGGCUUUCACAGAAGGUGCAAGGAUUUUUCUUUAAUGGUUGUUCAUACCAUUUCUUUAAUGUCACUCCAUCCCUUUGUAUAAA